AUUUGGCAGGUCCGUCCCUGGAGGGUGUGUGCGCGAGUCUCUCUAAGCAACGACUCGCAAACGGGCAUCGGAGCCAGUUCGAGCAGAAAAAGGAAAGAAAAAACAGGAACCACAUUCAUUUCCAGUCCUCCUAGCGAUGUUAUCGACGAUAUUUCGUCGUCGUCUACAUUGAUCCCGUCGAAGUCGCCGUCUGUUCGGACGCCAGCCGCAUAAAGACGAGCAGAAAUUGAUGCGUCUUGCUCCGCGGUGCUGUCUGUUCUGACCUGUGUAGCUGAAGGGAAUCCUGCUAGAGGAUUAGCGGUCUGUCAAUGAGGAACUACCGGCUCAUCUUUUGCCACAACCUGAAGCAGCCAUAGAUGGUCCAGUGGUUCACUGGCCACAGGAGGAGAGGAUAGGACACACUGUCACUGUUUCACUACGUGAGCUUUCAGCGGGAGGAGGAGGAGGAGGAGGCGGAGGCCAUGAGGAAGAGCGUGUCUCCAUUGCCAGGCAACGAGGGUGAAGGCUCAGCCGGCACCACUCGGGUUUUUGGCGUUCCUUUGGAGGAAGUGACACGCGCUCACACGGGCGGCGGCCAUGAGGUCCCCGCUCUGGUCAAACACCUGGUGGACUACAUCGAGGAGCACGGUCAGCUGGUCUUCCUGGUCAACGGCAACGCAGAGCGGGUCGACUGGCUGCGGCAGCGCUACGACAGCGGCCAGGACGUGGAGCUGGAGAAGGAGGCUGAUCUGGCAUCAGCGGUCAGUUUGCUCCGCCUCUUCCUGCAGGAGCUUCCUGAGCCCGUCAUCCCGGCGGCUCUGCAGGGACACAUCCUGCAGCUCUACCAAGAUUACAGCAACGAAGAAGAGCUGUGCAGAAACCUCAAGUACCUGCUGCAGCAGCUCCCCCACGUGAACUACAGUCUGCUCCGCUUCCUGUGCCGCUUCCUGGCCAGCGUGGCAUCCCUUCAGCCGGAGAGGUGGACGGUCGGAGCGCUGGCCGCUGUCUUCGGACCAGAUAUCUUUCAUCUGUCGACUGAAAGAGAGGACAUCCGGGACCAGGAGUCCGUCAGCAGAGCUCUGGCCGAGCUGCUGGACAAUCAGGAGAGCCUGUUUGACUCGGAGGAUGAAGACGUGUCCUCCACCAACGACUGCAGCUCCAUCAACGAACAGAUCACCGAGCUGCUGGACGACGAGAGGUGCGAGGCAGAAUGUGAAGAGCUGCCGCAGGACGGAGAGGAAGGACCCGCUGCCUCCGUCUCACCCACAGACGCCAGCUCCCGCCUCUCCCCCAUCUCCAUCCUGCCUGCCGACUCUGCCAAACUCUGCAACAUCUACGCUGUCCGCGCUGGAGCAGUGGCAGGACAUAGAGGAAGAAUGCAUCGUCAUCGUCUUCAUCAGGAGCGGAUAAUUCAGAGAACCAUCAGGGCUGCAGUGGAGCAGCACUUCUUCGAGCUGAAAACCACCAUCACCCAGGAUCUGGGCGUCUAUGACAGCCAGGGGAUGAGCCCCUCUGAGCCUGAAGGGCGGAGCCGUGACAAGGACAAGCAGCAAAAUGACCCGGACGGCCCCUGCGGCGCGGACAGGGAGACCCCGCUCACACAAAGUCAGAGCGACGCAGAGAAUUCCCGGGAAAGUGCUGCGCGCCUGGAGGAGAGCUCAGGAAUGGAGCUGGAUACAGAAGCUGUGGCAGACGCUGAGGAGAACUUCAACACUGCCAGGCAGGACAAUCAGGAAGCCAUGGAGCAGACGGUCACCAUAAACUCUGACUCGGAUUCAUUCGGCUGCGAUCAGAACGCCAACACCAGCGAGGCCAACAGGAACCAUCUGUCGCCGUGCCAACCCUGCUCCGGCCACAGCCCCCCCCUCCAGCUCUUCCCUGACAGCCAGUGGGAGGCGCCAUCCCUUUCCCAUCUCCACCUCCCUCCCAUCGACUUCUCAUGUAUGCAUCUGCAGAAGGAAGGCCAGGACCCUGUUCCGGCUUUUAAGUCCUGGCAGGACGACACAGAGAGCGGAGAGGCCCAGCUCUCCCCGCUGGCCGGCCGCAUGGUUCCUCUGCCGCUGCUGCCGCCGCUGGAGGACGACGGUGAGGAAGAGGAGGGCGAAGGGCUGCAGGACGACUCGCCUUCUUCCUCACGCUCGCACCCCCACAUCCUGGCGCGCCGCUUUCUGGAUUUUGGCGCACACAGCACCCAGCGCUUCGUCCAGCAGGACCCAGAGGCCACCUCGCCCUCCAAGGCGCAGCGGCCGCGGCGGGCGUCGUUCGGCUCCAGAGAGGCGGCGAGAGGAGAUUCUGUGACCCAUCAGCUGACCAAGAAGCUGCAGCACCUGAAGAAGAAAAUCAAACACUUUGAGGAGCAGUUUGAGAAGGAGAGGAACUACAAGCCGUCUCACGCAGACAAGGCAGCUAACCCUAAAGUCCUCAAAUGGAUGACUGACCUGACCAAGAUCCGCAGACAGAUUAAAGGACGGCAGCACCUCCUUUCCCCCAGAAGCACGCUGAGGCACCAGGCUUUGCUCCACUCACACAGACGCCACCCUGCUCCCUCCUCCCCUUCCUCCUCCUCCUCCUCCUCUCUCUGCUCACCCCCCCGCCACACUCCCACCCUCCCCCUCCACCCCGCCUCAGCCCAGAGCUCUAGAGCGGUUCACCUCAGUGAGUACAAACCCCCCAAUGCCAAACACUGUGCUGAGAACGAGCUCGGCCCGCAGACUCGUCCUCGUAGCAACACCCUUCCCAAGAGCUUCGGCUCCACUCUGGACCAGGGCAGCCAGGAGGUGACGGGGGAGGUCCGGGGCCCACGCCCCACCAAAGAAGAGACGCUGGAGCUGAUCCAGCGCCGCGUCAAAGGGAAGAAGCAGGAGGACGGCUGGCCGGACGACAUCAAGAAGAUGACCAAAGAGCAGCUGUCCUGUGAGAAGAUGGUCCUUCAGAAGAACCUGCUGCACUACGAGGGUCUGCACGGCCGCCCGGUGACCAGAGAGGAGCGCCUGGUGGUGAAGCCGCUCUACGAUCGCUACCGGCUGGUCAAGCAGAUGCUGGCGAGGGUCAGCAUCACCCCAGUGACCGUGUCCCCCUCCAGCAAAAGGCGGACCCAGACCCUGCAGCCGAUCAUCGAGGGAGAGACCGCUCACUUCUGGGAGGAGAUCAAAGAGGAGGAAGAGGAGGAGCAGAAAGGCGGAGAGGAAGAGGAGGAGGAGCGAGAGGAGGAGGAGGAAGACGAGGAGGAAGGGGAGAGCAGCGGCGGAGAGAUGCAGAGCUCUGAGGUCAUCAUGGCCUUGGAGGCCGUGACGCCGAGCGGCGGGCCGGCCAGGAGCCAAUCAGACGAGCUGAGAGACAAGAUGGAGGAAGGUUCUGGGAGGCUGGCGCUGGACCUGCGUCUGUCCAGCUCCAACGCCUCGUCCAUGCCGGAGCUGCUGGAACAGCUGUGGAAGGCCAGAACAGAGAAGAAGAAGCUGAGGAAGACUAUCCGAGAGUUUGAGGAAGACUUCUACCAGCACAAUGGAAGGAACGUGCAGAAGGAGGACCGGGUGCCGAUGCUGGAGAAGUACCGGGAGUACAAGAGGAUCAAGGCCAAGCUGCGCCUCCUGGAAGUCCUCAUCAGCAAGCAGGACUCCUCCAAGUCCAUCUAGAUGCUCCUCAGACAGCCGCCGUCAUCGCACACGUCAUCGCUGCGCCGGCGCCGCCGGGAGAAGCCGGCAGAUCCAGCAGCUUCCCGCCGCCGGCCGCUGCUGCUGCUGCCGUCGCGUCCUGAAGAAGAUCUCCGCUCCGUCUCCCGGGACCGGACCGCAGCAGCCGUGACGGCGCCGCCCAAACGAACCUUCAGCCAGACGCCACCGUGCUCCUCAUCAGCCGCCGCCUCCCCACAAACGUUUCACCGGUUCUUCUCUCGGCGUCAGAACGGGACAGACGGAGGUUUGACGCCGUCACACCUUCCCAGACGUCCUCAGUGGGACGUUUUACCCGUGGAGACUUUGGUCCAGACGCCGCUUCCUGUGAGCGAAGCUCUGGCAGCGACUAAAGUCAGCAGAGUUUAGCUUCAGAGCUGAGAUGUUCACAGGAAGCUCCAUUUUUACGCCUUCCUUUGCUUCCCUUCAUGUUUCUGAUCGGCUCCAUCUCUGAACCCUGAGAGCAGCGAGUGGCGUCAGAUCAGACUACCUGGGAGGUGAAGACACUGCCGGCCAGACAGCGGGGGGGGGGGGUUAUUUCCUGCUGGCAGGUCAAAGGAGGACGGCAGCGUCCGCUGAGCCGACCGGGACAUCUUCCUCCGGCGGCCAUGUUUGACAGGGAAGCUGUGAGUGGGACUAAAAGUUGUUGCCGGAGAAAAUCUGAGGCGCU